GUCAUUUGAAAUCACACAUGAUGACUCACACUGGAGAGAAGUCUUAAAAGUGUAACAUUUGUUUUAAGCAGUUCACUCAAGUCGGUCCUUUGAAAUCACACAUGAUGACCCAUACUGGAGAAAAGGCCUAUAAGUGUGACAUUUGUCCCAAACAGUUUACUCAAACCGGUCAUUUGAAAUUACAUAUGAUGACUCACACUGGAGAAAAGCCUUAUAAGUGUGAUAUUUGUUUGAAACACUUUACUCAGACAAUUAAUUUGAAAACACAUUUGAGAACACACACUGGAGAAAAGGCCUAUAAGUGUGACAUUUGUCUCAAACAGUUUAGUCAAACCGGUCAUUUGAAAUCACACAUGAUGACUCACACUGGAGAAAAGCCUUUCAAGUGUAAAAUUUGUUUUAAGCAGUUCACUCAAGUCGGUUCUUUGAAAUCACACAUGAUGACCCACACUGGAGAAAAGGCAUAUAAGUGUGACAUUUGUCUCAAACAGUUUACUCAAACCGGUCAUUUGAAAUCACAUAUGAUGACUCACACUCGAGAAAAGCCUUACAAGUGCGAGAUUUGUUUUAAGCAGUUUACUCAUGCCCAAAGUUUGAAAUCACACAUUAUGAAUCACACUGGAUAAAAGCCUUACAAGUGUAAAAUUUGUUUUAAGCAGUUUACCCAAGUCGGUCCUUUGAAAUCACACAUGAUGACCCACACUGGAGAAAAGGCCUAUAAGUGUGACAUUUGUACUCAAACCGGUCAUUUGAAAUCACACAUGAUGACUCAUACUGGGAAAUGCCUUACAAGUGUCAUAUUUGUUUGAAACAGGUUACUCAUGCCACUAGUUUGAAAUCACACAUGAUGACUCACUUUGGAGAAAACCUCACAGAUGUGAAAUUAGUGUAAUACAGUUUAUUGAUGCAAGGAAUUUGAAAUCCCAUAUGAGAUAUCACACUGAAGAAGAGCUUUACAUGUGAUAUUUCUUUUAAUCAAUUUACGCAGGUUGUUCAAGCAGUAAGAACAGAAUAAAAAUGAUGAAAACACCUGAACAUUCAUCACAUGAAGAAGAAGAUUUGGGUAGAUACUUUGAAGAAAGAACAUUAAGUAAAAAUAUGAAGGUUCAAGCUGGAAAUGGACUUUACAAAUGUGCAAUUUGUUUAAAACAAUUUACUUCAGCAAGUACUCUGAAAUCACAUAUGAUGACUCACACUGGAGAAAUGCCUUAUAAGUGUGAUACUUGUUUGAAACAGUUUACUGCACAAAAUACUCUGAAAUCACAUAUGGUGACUCACACUGGACAUAACAAGUGUGAAAUUUGUUUUAAGCAGUUUGCUCAAGCCGGUAAUUUGAAAUCACAUGUGAUGACUCACACUGGAGGAAAGACUUACAAGUGCGAGAUUUGUCUUAAGCAGUUUGCUCAUGCCACUAGCUUGAAAUCACACGUGAUGACUCACACUGGAGAAAAGCCUUAUAAGUGUGAUAUUUGUUUUAAGCAGUUUACUCAAGCAGGUUCUUUGAAAUCACACAUGAUGACUCACACUGGAGAAAAACCUUACAAGUGUGAUAUUUGUCGUAAGCAGUUUACUCAUGCCAGUAAUUUGAAGUCACACAUGAUGACUCACACUGGAGAAAACCCUUACAAGUGCAAGAUUUGUCUUAAGCAGUUUACUCAUGCCAGUAGUUUGAAAUCACACAUGGUGACUCACACUGGAGAAAAGCCUUAUAAGUGUGAUAUUUGUUUUAAGCAGUUUACUCAAGCCGGUCAUUUGAAACCGCAUAGGAUGAUUCACACUGGAGAAAAGUCUUACAAGUGUGAUAUUUGUUUUAAGCAGUUUACUCAAGCCAGUAAUUUGAAAUCACACAUGAUGACUCACACUGGUGAAAAACCUUACAAGUGCGAUAUUUGUCUUAAGCAGUUUACUCAUGCCAAUAGUUUGAAAUCACACAUGAUGAGUCACACUGGAGAAAAGUCUUAUAAGUGUGACAUUUGUUUUAAGCAGUUUACUCAAGCCGAUCCUUUGAAGUCACACAUGAUGACUCACACUGGAUAAAUCCCUUACAAGUGCAAGACAACAAUCCCUUGUCUUAAGCCAUUUACUCAAGCCAGGCAUUUUAAAUCACAUAUCAUGACUCACACUGGAAUAAAUCUUCACAGAUGUGAAAUUUGUUCGAAGCAGUUUACUGCGGUAAGUACUUUGCAAAGACACUUGAGAAUACACACUGGAGAAAAGCCUUACAAGUGCGAAAUCUGUUUUAAGCAGCUUACUCGAUCCGACCAUUUGAAAUCACACAUGAUGACCCACACUGGAAAAAGCCUCACAGAUGUGAAAUUUGUGUGAACAGUUAUAUCGUCGGUAUACUGCGAAAACCAGGUAAAUGUGGAAAUACCGAAAUCGAGAAAAAACGUUUUUAAAGUUUAUUGCUUUAUUUUGAAUUAGGCGGACCAGUUGUGUUUGAUAUUCGAUAUGCUAAUGAAAGAUGCAUAUAUCAGAAAUAACAUUCUAUCAUUAGUUUGAAAAAGUGAAGAGACCUAGCUGAUUAACCCUAAAUUUAAGAUCAAGGUGCGAUCACUUACCUAGUUUUACCUGUAAAUCAAAAUAAAUCACACUGUAUUAAAGACACUUAUCAGCUUUUUACUGAAUAUGGUAGAUAUACAGCAGUAGAAAUAUAUUGUUUUCCGGCAAAUAUAUAUGUGCGUUAAUUGGUUUUACAUGCAACAGAACUUUGAUUUUAUGGAAGUUAGUAGCGAUAUAUUGUUUUAUUUGAAAAUGAAAAGUUGGUUAGGUGUAACUUAUUUGUUUAUUAUAUAAAUUAUCUGCUGAAUGGUAAAUUGUAUCAUUUAUUGAGUUUUACCUGUAUGUAGAACGUAAAAAGCUGAGAAUUUUGGUAUACUUAACUCAAUAUUUUAAAAUUUGUCAUUUACCUGGUUUUCGCAGUAUACCGACGAUAUGCAAGGAAUUUGAGAACAUAUGUCACAAUAAACUACCCCAGAUUACCGAAAUACCAUUGAAAAAUAAUAUUUCAAAUCAA